CCAGCUGCUUUCCCCACAGCACAGCCUGAGGUGUGCCUGGGCUGGGAAAAGCCUCAGCUUGGCUCAAAGUGACACUCGGGGCUCCCCAGGGGUGCCUCUUGGACAGGUUGAGGCUCUGAAGGCGGCCACCCCCCGAAGGCAGCCAUGGCCCCCACGCUGGCCACGGCACACCGGCGGCGCUGGUGGAUGGCGUUCACAGCCAUCAUCGAGAACCUGCUCUUCUCUGCUGUGCUGCUGGGCUGGGGGUCCCUGCUCAUCAUGCUCAAGGCAGAAGGGUUUUAUUCCUACCUGUGCUACGAGUCAGAGACCACCACCAACAGCUCUGAGCUGGAGAACAGCACAGCUUCAGAGCACAAAUGGCCUUCCUGCAACGCCCAGGAUGAAAUGCUGAACUUGGCCUUCACCAUCGGCUCCUUCCUGCUCAGUGCCAUCACACUGCCCUUGGGAAUUGUCAUGGACAAGUACGGCCCCCGCAAGCUGCGGCUGCUGGGCAGUGCCUGCUUUGCCGUGUCCUGUGUGCUGAUCGCUUACGGUGCCAGUAACCCAGACUCUCUGUCUGUGCUGAUAUUCAUUGCCCUGGCUCUGAAUGGCUUUGGUGGGAUGUGCAUGACCUUCACAUCACUCACGCUGCCCAACAUGUUUGGUGACCUUCGUUCCACAUUCAUUGCUCUGAUGAUUGGUUCCUAUGCUUCCUCUGCUGUGACAUUUCCAGGAAUCAAGGUUAUAUAUGACUUUGGGGUCUCCUUCAUCCUUAUUCUGCUGGUCUGGGCAAGCUGUGCAGGACUCGUUUUCCUCAACUGCUUCUUCAACUGGCCCCUGGAGCCUUUCCCAGGACCAGAAGACAUGGACUACUCGGUGAAAAUAAAGUUCAGCUGGCUGGGAUUUGACCACAAAAUCACUGGGAAGCAGUUCUACAAGCAAGUGACGACCGUGGGGCGCCGUCUCAGUGUGGGGAGCUCCAUGAAGGGCCCCAAGGAGCCAGCAACUUUGCAGGAGAACAACAAGCUCUGUCUGUCCACAGUGGACCUGGAAGUGAAGUGCCAGCCUGACAGUGCAGCUACUCCCUCCUUCAUGAAGAGUGUCUUCAGUCCCAUCCUGUUGCUCAGCCUUAUCACCAUGUGUGUCACCCAGCUGAGGCUCAUCUUCUACAUGGGAGCCAUGAACACCAUCCUUGAGUUUCUGUCUGGAGAUGAAAGUCAAGUGGCUCUCUACACUUCCAUUUUUGGGGUCCUGCAGCUGCUGUGCCUGCUGACAGCGCCUGUGAUCGGGUGCAUCAUGGACUGGAGAAUGAAAGAGUGUGAUGAUGGCUCAGAAGAGAAUGAGGAGAGCAACGCUGAGCAAGGUGACAAGAAAAAGAAAAAGCGUGACCGUCAGAUCCAGAAAAUCACCAAUGCCACCAAUGCCUUUGUAUUCACCAACUUCCUGCUGGUUGGAUUUGGAAUCACCUGUCUUAUUCCUAACCUGCCCUUGCAGAUUCUGUCCUUCAUUUUGCACACAAUUGUGAGAGGAUUCAUCCACUCAGCUGUGGGAGGCCUCUAUGCAGCUGUAUACCCCUCGACUCAGUUUGGCAGCUUGACAGGGCUGCAGUCGUUGAUCAGUGCCCUCUUUGCCCUUCUGCAGCAGCCUCUCUUCAUGGCACUGACAGGACCUUUGAAAGGAGACCCCCUCUGGGUGAAUGUUGGCUUGCUUGGUCUGAGCCUCCUGGGUUUCUGCCUCCCAAUCUACCUGGUCUGCUACAGGCGCAGGCUAGAGAGAGAAAAAAAGCAGAAGAUGGAAGAUGCCAAACUUUUCUUCAAAAUUAAUGGCACUCCCACUGAGGAAGCCUUUGUCUAAACUGGUGCUCCACGUACAACCUCCCCUGUACGAGUUCUUACCACAUCUCUGGGUUCUACCUGUGGUGUAAGCCAGGACUUUUCUCCCCUGGCUCUGCCUGUCUUUGCUCAUCACUGGAGUGAGGGCUGGACAUCAUGACUGAGAUUUCCUCAGAUAUAUGGCAGGAGGAGACUUCCCACUCCUUACUCCAAAACAUGGGACACUUUUCCUUUUUAUAAAGGCCACACAGAUAUUGUGUCUUAAAUUAUCCCCUGAUCACAUUCUCCAGCAGCAGAGAGUUGCAUAGGAAACUGGGGAGAGAAGGAACAGAGGGAUGGGGGAAGAGGGAAUACAGACCACAAUUUGAGUAUGCAAAUGUCACACGCUGCAGUCCAUUUUCUUCCCCUCUUCCCCUAAACUUGGCUGACACAGUCUCAGAUGCAAGCUGCACUCUCUUCCUUCCCCAAGGCUCUGUAAUGGUCUUUCUGCUUGAUGUGUAGCUGGACCCAGUGGUUUUACUGUCUCUUCCAGAUAUAUCCCUGUUUCUGAGGCAGGGAAGGGGUUUUUAUUCCUAUGUGUAUGAGCACAGCUUCAGUGUAUUGCUAAAUGUUGGCUUCUAGCACUGAGGGCUCCCAAACCUUUUAUUACUGCGAAUGACACAGACUGUGAGCAAUGGAUCUGCUUUCCACACUGAAACGAAGAGCCUAUAGUGGACUGCUGGUCCUAGACAAAGCCUUGAGAGGCCUGGAAUUCCUCUUUUUCCCAGUCACCUGUGUGUGUUUUAAACUGUGUGCAGUCCUGGAGCCUCUGAGAUAAGAACUGGAUCUUGUUUACUGAUGAAGUGCUUUGAGACUUGUUGCCUUUUUCCUCUUCCCUCUGACAUGACCCUGGGAGGGGAGCAGCAAUGUGUAUUCAGUUAAGUGGAGAAACUUCUUGAAGCUGAGUUCUGGGGCUUCAGAUACCUUGGUGACCUGCUGGUGAAAAGAACCAAGAGUGCAGAACACUCCUUUGUGUCUGGUAACUGGAUCCUGUGGACAUAUGGCAGGGUGAUGUGGUGAUGUUAUUUUUCCUUUAGCUUAUUUACCUUGCUAGGAUAAUGGUCACCAAGCUGCUGAACGCCAGGUUACUGUGACUGACCAAAAUGCUGCCAGUUUGGCCGUUCUAGGAAACUUCUACAAUGUUGAUGCUCUGUCUGGACAGAGCACCUGGUGAUUGAUUGGAUGGUGAAGCUGCCUGUCAGAGCAAUACAUGUGGGUAAAGGUGCCUCAGGCUUGUUCACACCAGGGAGGGAAUACAAAGGGAAUUUUAAACCUGCUUAUUUUUAUAGAGGUUUUCCUUGUCUAAAGCGGACUUUUCUGCCCUUAACCUUCUUGUUAGGUCAGUAGCUCAGGCUCUGUAACCCUGUGUGAAGCACUGCACUGAGUGGAGAUGCUGGGAGCAGGACUGUGCAGGGGUGAGGAUGAGCAUCCCCGGCGGGUGCACUGGGCUGAGCUGGUGGCUGCGGGAAGGUUGGGGCAGAAAUAAAACAAUUACGGAGACCUAGUGGUGGUGUUUUACUGCAAAGCCCCGCAGGGGCGUCUGGUUGGAAAAGUACUAGAAAACAACACGGUGCUGCGACCUUCCUGGGAGAAAUUACCUGGCAGCGGGGUGUUAACUCCUUCACUGGGGGUGUCAAGGAGACAGAACCUCAGCACGGGCAGGGCUCGAGCUUUUCCUGAAGCGCCCGGAGCCGUGCAGCGGGGCAGGGAGCCCUGCGGGUCCCUGGCUGGUGGCAGUGCCAGCGCUCCCUGGGCCAGCAGCGCCAUCUCCAGUCGCUGCUGCUGUGCACUCCUUCGUACCUUUCCGUCUGCGGUCACUUAAUGCAGAAAGGACUUGACACAUUUGUGAUUUUUUUUUUUUUUUUUUUUUUUAAAUGUGUUGCCUUUAUUAAAUGUGUUUGUUUCAAGGCAGCCUUACUGCCUGCCGUCAACACUGUAUUCUGGAAGUUUUUGUCUUUUGGUGAUGAUUUAGUGAGCUUUCUAUCUUUUCUUUGAGCAAUAAUUAAGAAGGUAGAGUUUUGGUUAAUUUUCAUAAUCAUCUAUCUCGUCUUAAGUACAUGUUAAGAGACACACCAGCAGUGGUACAGCCUGCCUAGACUGCCAGAGGGCUUUCUGCAGAUUUCUGCAUUUUAUAUUACUAUACUUCUAAAUAUUUUGAGAAAAGUCCUGCUUAGAGCUACUUGUAACAUGACCAUGAUAGAUUAAGUAUCAGGUGUGUGAGCCUCCAUCCGUAGUCUCAGUGUUCUAGAGCAGAGUUUUGUGUGCUAGCCCUGCGUUACUUCCACCUCAGUUUCAGCAUUGAAUGUGAUUUCUUCCACUCUUAUGUCACUUAAAUGGCUGUUACAAGUGUCUCAGCAAAAGAAAAUAGUGGAAUAGAGUGGCAUAUUUUAAUGAAGGCUUAGUGGAGAUGCUGCUGCCUUUUAAUUUAGCUGCACAUACAUCAAAGAACACACUUUUAUUUCUGCCAUCUACCUCCCUACCACAGUUCCCAGAUCCUGCCCUUUAUUAGGGAUAUCUUCCAAUCCAGUGUCAUCUGAUAAACUGGUGAAUGUGUGUGCAUAAUGUCUCUGCUGAUGUGCCAUGCUGGUCAGACGCUGCUGGUCAGCUGUGAGAAGUAGAGCUCAUGUCCUGGUUUUAACUGUUCAGGUUGGAACAGACAAAUGGGAUCAUGUUCUGGGACCAUGUAAAAACAAACUGUGAAAUUCUUUGCUGCAGAAUCUAGUGGGGAACAGAAGUGGCAAUUUUUUUUUUUUAAAUGGGCUGGUUAAACAAUGGUCUGAUGAAUCCACUAACUCAGGGAGAUUUUAAGUUGCUGUAAAUAAGAAAGUUAUGCCAAGGAAAGAUGCUUGUCUGCAUGUUCUGUCUUAUAAGAAUUAGUCAAAGCUGGAGAGAACACACUGGGCCAAAGUGAAACACUGGUCUGCUCUAUUGGGGUGAAAUUUAUUUUGACAGUUGUGAAACAAGCUAAUUUCAAGAGCAGGCUCAAAUUUAUCUAUCAAAAACCUGCAUCUGCCUGCAAGAUGUGCAAACACUCUACUGAUUGUGGCAUAACUGCUUCAGAGCUGCACCUGCAGCAGAGGGGGUCAAUGGAGGGUAAGAUUCUGUCUUCAGAUUCUUCUAAACAUUGUCUGGCACAAUGCAGAAACACAACUGGGAUGGUUGUGUCAUGUGUAGUUGAUCGGCGCAGUUGGCCUUGUCCUUUGAUGUGAAUUAUUGGUUAUAGACAUUUGGAGUGGAAAACAGCAUUGCUGCUUCCCAGCUGAGUGUUUCAGGACCAAGACAAUUCCUGGUGCACUCCUCGUGUGCAUGAGCCACCUUGUGGGAAAAAUAAACAGGCCACCAAAGAUUAGAGAGUCACAGCAGUUAGCAUCAAAAAUGCAUUUAUCUGUGUAACUCAAAUAUAGGUCAAUGUGUUUAACUGCUCUCAUAAUUCCUAAAGGAUUAAUUUGUAGGAUUUGGGGUUUUUUAUGUCCUUUUGUACCUCCUUAUCCUGACCCAUAUGGGAAGGGCAAGGAGGGUGGCCAUGGGAAAGACCCCACUGAAUGUUAGGAAGCAGAAAACUGACCUGUGAGUACCUCAGAGUCAGAGGUGUUUCUGGAGACACUGCUACCAGCCUCUCACAUACAUUUAAUCUGCAUUUGUAUUUAAAAAAAUGGAAUUCACAGAGUGGGGAAGGGAGGGUGGCAGCUUUUUGCUUUCACUAAUCUGUCAGAACCUAAGCCCUGUUGACACAGCCUUUAUAGCACUAAUGCAAUGACACGAUGUCAGAAGUAGCAGAGAAAAUCUGUGCUGUUCUGCUGAAUAGGACACUCACACUAUGACAGUCACUGAGUAAAGCUAUAUCUGGAUCCUUGAGAUGAAACUGGACACAGAUGUCUGGGAAGAAAAAAAGGGGGCAAAUCUUGCUGAGACACCAACUUAACUGCAAUGCUGCUACAGCAACUGAAAUGUUCAACUCCCACAGCAAAGCCUGGCCUCUUCAUGCUCUGUCUGCAAAGGAAAGUUGCAGGAUAAUGAGAUUUUAACUAAGUCUGUAAAUCACUACAAUGUCUUCAAGUAGGAGAUUUCCCUCUUGACAGGCUGAUGAAUUUGGAAAAUAUGCUACAAAAUUUAAGGCAGAUACUAUAGGGUAAAUGGAAUGAAUUCUUUUUUCCCCUCUUUGAUUUUUUUACUGCAUCUGUAGAGCUUUUUGGUACUCCCUACACCCCAGUUUAGAAAUGCAAAGUGCUCAUAAUGGAAAAUAGUAUUACAGUAGGAUUCCUGAUGGGAAUGGACUGGUUUGGGUUGUUUUUUUUUAAUUAAAAAUAAAAAGGCCACUUCUGAUUUAUAAUUCGCAAUGUUAUCUUCUCUGGAACAGCUGAAACAAUGAUGUGUUAUGUAUCUGCAGUCUUAUAUGUUAAUUAUAAACCCUACAGGUUCUUUUUUUCCUCCAUGUGCUGCCAGCCUCUCUGUGCACAAUCUGUUUUUACCAGGUAUCCUGUGCUCCACGUUGUCAUCCUACUGCUGUUUGUCACUUCCUUGUGCCUGACCCUCUGUCACCCGCUUUUUAUUCUGGAGACAAUCCCCUCUUUCAGAAAACUCUUUAACCUGCCAGCAUUACUUCUCCCACCUUUUCCUGUCCACAGAAUUUUUUGUAGUGUUUGUUUGAAGUGGAAUUGUAAACACCUCGGGGCA